GCAGAUGCCAGAAGCGGUUCCCUUGAAAUAAACAAGUGUACAAGAACAAUAGACCAAAGUCUUCCCUUCGCUCUGCCUCUGUGCUCUGAAGCUCUCCCCGAGACAGAUAAUAACACGUACUUUUCGGAGAAGGAAGCUAAGGAAAAGCAAAUCAAAGCAAAGCAGAAAAGGAAAAGCUAAAGAAACUGCAACAAUUACUACAAGAGUAUGUGUAGAUUUCCCCUCUCCCUGUUCUAAAAUCCUUGCAUCGCAUCUUCCACUACCUUCCCCGAUUCCCAAUCUCACACAGCCUCAUGGGUGGGGUUACUUCUUCCAUGGCUGCCAAAUUCGCCUUCUUCCCUCCCAACCCACCCUCUUACAAGCUCCUCAAAGACCAACCCACUGGCCUUCUUCUCUUGGACCCUUUUCCCCACCGCGAAAAUGUCGAUGUCUGGAAGCUUCCCACUCGCAAAGGCACUGAGAUCGUCGCUGUUUACAUCCGCUACCCUAUGGCUACUUCUACGCUUCUUUAUUCCCAUGGAAACGCCGCCGAUGUUGGCCAGAUGUACGAGCUUUUCAUCGAGCUUAGCAUCCAUUUGCGCGUUAAUCUUCUCGGGUACGAUUAUUCGGGAUACGGGCAGUCCACUGGAAAGCCAAGCGAACACAAUACUUAUGCAGAUAUUGAAGCUGCAUAUAAGUGUCUUGAGGAGAAAUAUGGUGCUAAGCAAGAGGAAAUAAUCCUUUAUGGUCAAUCCGUGGGAAGUGGCCCGACUUUAGACCUUGCUGCACAUUUGCCCCGACUACGAGCAGUCGUUCUGCAUAGUCCUAUACUAUCGGGAUUAAGAGUCAUGUAUCCAGUGAAGCGCACGUACUGGUUUGACAUCUAUAAGAAUAUUGAUAAAAUACCAUAUGUUAAAUGCCCUGUGCUGGUAAUUCAUGGAACAUCCGACGACGUCGUUGAUUUCUCUCACGGUAAACAUCUCUGGGAGCUAUGUCAAGAGAAAUAUGAACCCUUAUGGCUCAAAGGGGGAAACCAUUGUGAUCUUGAACUCUUCCCUGAAUACAUCAGGCACCUCAAGAAAUUCGUAUCCACUGUUGAGAGAUCGCUCUCACGAAGGAACGGUUCGAGGAAAAGCACAGACCGAAUCGAGCAAUCAAGAAGGAGCACGGAUUGUUUCGAGGCCCCGAGAAGGAGCUCAGACAGGCGAGAGAAACCAAGGAAAAGCGUCGAUAGGCUAGACAAAUCAAGACCUCAAGGAUACAAGUUUGACAACAUUGAGAAGCUAGAGAAGCUAAAGAUCUCAAUUGACCAAGUAGAGAGAUCAAGGAGAAGUGUGGAAUACUACGAGAAACCGAGGAGAAGCAUCGACCAACAGUUCGAAAGAGGUCGAAAGAGUGUGGAUUGGUUGGAUAGAAUGCGCGCCGGGUAGAGGUUCGGGUUCAGGGUGGUUCCCUGAUAGAAGAAAGGGGUGGUGGUAUACAGAGAAGAUUGGGAGAGAAGUGGUGCUGCUGGGGAUUAUUCUACCUCUAAUUAUUGAAUUCUAAGAAACAAAUGUUUAUAGUUUGAUUCAUGGGAAUUCAUUAGCUUCCACCUUUGAUUGUUAAUACAGCCAAAUCAUUGUUGUUAAUCCCCUCAUAAGUGAAGCUCUGAUAUCUCUUAUGGACUCCUUCAAUUUCUGAUGUCUAUUAAUUCUCAUCUUAAUUUUAGAACAAUACUUCAAUUAA